AAGCGCUGGCCGGGGGCGGCUGCGGGAGGGCUCGGUGGCCGGCGCGCCCGCGGAGCCAUGGCCGUGCCCUUCGUGGAGGACUGGGACCUGGUGCAGACGCUGGGAGAAGGCGCGUACGGCGAAGUUCAGCUGGCUGUGAACCGAAGGACCGAGGAAGCCGUUGCGGUGAAGAUUGUAGACAUGAAGCGAGCCAUAGACUGUCCGGAGAAUAUUAAGAAAGAGAUCUGCAUCAAUAAAAUGCUAAAUCAUGAGAAUGUCGUGAAAUUCUAUGGCCACAGAAGAGAAGGCAACAUCCAGUAUCUUUUUCUGGAGUACUGUAGUGGGGGAGAGCUGUUUGAUAGAAUAGAACCAGAUAUAGGCAUGCCUGAACAAGAUGCUCAGAGGUUCUUCCAUCAGCUCAUGGCAGGGGUGGUUUAUCUGCAUGGUAUUGGAAUAACUCACAGGGAUAUUAAGCCUGAAAAUCUCUUAUUGGAUGAGAGGGAUAACCUCAAGAUCUCUGACUUUGGCUUGGCAACAGUGUUUCGGCAUAAUAAUCGGGAACGUUUAUUGAAUAAGAUGUGCGGUACUUUACCUUAUGUUGCUCCCGAACUUCUAAAAAGGAAAGAAUUUCAUGCAGAACCAGUGGAUGUUUGGUCCUGUGGAAUAGUACUUACAGCCAUGUUGGCUGGAGAAUUGCCAUGGGACCAGCCCAGUGAUAGUUGUCAGGAAUAUUCUGACUGGAAAGAAAAAAAAACGUACCUCAACCCUUGGAAAAAGAUCGAUUCUGCUCCUCUAGCCCUGCUGCAUAAAAUCCUAGUAGAGAAUCCAUCAGUAAGGAUCACUAUCCCAGACAUCAAAAAAGACCGAUGGUAUAACAAGCCACUCAAGAAAGGGGCAAAGAGGCCCCGAGUCACUUCGGGUGGUGUAUCGGAGUCUCCUGGCGGGCUCUCGAAGCAUAUUCACUCCAGUUUGGACUUCUCUCCAUCAAACGGUGCUCCCAGUGAAGAAAAUGUGAAGUACUCCAGUUCCCAGCCAGAACCACGGACAGGCCUUUCCUUAUGGGACUCCAGCCCCUCCUACAUCGAUAAACUGGUCCAAGGAAUCAGCUUUUCCCAGCCCACAUGUCCUGACCACAUGCUGCUGAAUAGCCAAUUACUGGGCACCCCAGGAUCUUCACAGAACCCCUGGCAGCGUCUGGUGAAAAGAAUGACUCGAUUCUUUACCAAAUUGGAUGCAGAUAAAUCUUACCAGUGCCUGAAAGAGACUUGUGAGAAAUUGGGUUACCAGUGGAAGAAGAGUUGUAUGAAUCAGGUAACUGUAUCAACAACGGAUAGGAGAAACAAUAAACUGAUAUUCAAAGUGAAUUUGGUAGAAAUGGAUGAGAAGAUCUUAGUUGAUUUCCGGCUCUCUAAGGGUGAUGGAUUGGAAUUCAAGAGACAUUUCCUGAAGAUUAAAGGGAAGCUGAGUGAUGUGAUCAGCAGCCAGAAAGUUUGGCUUCCUGCCACGUGAUGGAGCCCUGGGCUCCGGGAUCUCCUGGUGAAUAUGGUGCUGCUAUGUUGACAUGACUCUUCCUAGAGAAGAUUCUCCUUGGCUGGGUAGUCGCUGCAGAGUCCCCUCCCCUUGUUAACCGAACACGUUCCAGUCUUGAUGUACGUCCUGUGUAAAGUGAUACCUACAUCUUCACUCUAAGUAGAACUUUGGGGAAGGGACGAAUAGAAUUCAUCAGAUACCUCUUCGUCCAGUGUCUAAACUUGAGAUCCACCAGAUAGAAACCAAGCUUUCGGGGCACGGGAACUCACCAGUGUUUCUACUAAUAUUAUGGAAUAUGAUAGAUAUAGCCUUGUCCUAUUUUUACUGACCUAUUGGUGUCAUCAAAUGGAUGAAUUUAAAAAGACAAUCCUUGUGCGUUUGGGAUGUUAGGUUCAUUAGUCUCUGAUGUGAAGCCAACUUUGAAAAACAUAGCCUUGGAUUUUAUACUGACAACUUCAAAGGGGCAGUGACCAGGUAUUUAAACACUGUUUUUGAAUGACAGCUAUUAAUUAAAAUUGCAGGUGAAUAUGUUUUUUCUAGUGUAGUUAAUUACAAAAUGCUGCUUGGUCUUUGAGUAGAAGUUGAGCAUAUAAGAGCUAGUGCUUAACUACCUUUUUUUCUAAUACUACUGUUGCACAAGUAUAAUAUUUUUCUAUAUCCUACCUUCACAGCCAUAUUUUAAUUUUUUAUUGCAGAAAUAAAUUCUGUUUUGAAAAUGAAUAGUUAAUUCUGUGAACUUAUUGAUGACUAAGCUCUUAGGUGAUAAGGAAAGAGGGAGAAGAAGGCUAUAAAAGAAAUAAAUCUGAUUACUGAUUCUUCUUCUUACUAGAUAUAUAAAGAUGUUCUUUGUGUAAAGUUUUAUUAACUUUUGGAUAUGUUGGCUUGGAUUUCUGUAUUCCUUUUGGUAGUUCAUAAAAUUACCUUCUUUGAAGCCAAGAACAUACAAAAUUUUAUGGUUCAAGUUGAUUGUAUAUCAGUGCUUACAGGUAAAAUUGUUACCAAAGAGUAGGCAAAGGAGGAAUAGGUUUCAACUAAUAGGCAGCCCCUAAGAGUAGAUUCGGUAAAUUGCCAACCAGGAAAGAAAUGUUCUUGAGCGUUGUCAGCCAGCCACUACGUUAGCACAGGCUCUAAUCUCUUCAGUGAGCUUCAGACACCGAGAGCUGCAGCCUUCCUGCUUCCUCCACAAGGCCACUGGACAUGAUGACCAGAAACGGCUUUGACCUGUGACCUUCAGCCUCUUCCUCCCUCACUUCCAUCAUCUCAAUAACUGUUAUGUCAAGCUCCAGUUUCUGAAGCCCAAACUCUAGGAAUCAUCGUUGAAGUGAUUAACAGUCUACUGUCAAGCCACGAAUCCUCUCCCGUCCGCCCAGUACAUUAGAAACGUCCCCUCCUUGUGCUGGGACAACACUGCGCUAGGCAGAGGCACCGUGACCCAUGUGUGGGCCGAGGCCUCUCUCGUUCAGAUGGGCAGUUGGAAUGAUGCUCUGACAUGUGAGCCAGGUGCCCGCCCUGCUGUCUGUCCUCAUGACUUUUCAUCACUCUGAAUCGGGUGUCCUUGUGUUGGCCGUUCCAAUCUCCAGAACACUAGUCCUCGCUGUUCCUGAAACUUGUGCUUCCCUUUCUGUCUUUGCCUCUGUGUCACCUUCUCUGGAAAAUCAUUACUUGGCUUACCUAAAAUCACACCCUUCUGUCACUCUUUCCUUUCUUUUUCUUUUCCUUCUUUUUUUUUUCGGCUUUUGGGUCAUACCCAGCAAUGCUCAGGGGUUCCUCCUGGCUCUGCACUCCAGAAUCACUCCUGGCGGUGCUUGGGGGAUCCUAUGGGAUGCCGGGGAUUGAACCUGGGUUGGCCACGUGCAGGACAAACGCCCUACCCACUGUACUAACGCUCCACCCCAGCCCCUUUAUUUUUCAUAACACUUAUAUUGAAUCUAAUUUUGAGAUAAUUUAAUGUCCAUAUGUCUGUUUUCCCCGUUGGUUUAUAUAUUACGUCAGCUUCUUUGGGUCCAGAACUUGAUCUAUCCUGUUCAGUUCUGUGUGUCCCCCACCCAUCCACCCUCACCUCAGAGCCUCACACAGCACCUAGAAUGUUACAGUAUUUAGUAAAUAGACUCAGUGCAUCUGGUCUGUCAAAAUACAGCUGGGAGCUCAGCACCUCUCUUGGGUUUUUUUUUUGGGUUUUUUUUGUUUUGUUUUGUUUUUUUUGCUGUCACCUGAAUUUAAGCUCCAUCUCUCUCCCGGGUGUCUAUUAUUAAAUCUGUUUUCCCACUUCAACUCUUGCCGUUUUCCAGCCUGUCUUUUCCCUCGGGCUUUUCAUAGUCCUGAGCCACCAUUCUAGUCUUUAAAGGUUAAAUAGUGCUCACCCUCCUGUACUCAGAAACUUCCAGCAACCUGGCAUCGCAGGUGGUCCCCCAGCUCUCCAGUAAGUGAGCCCUGAGCACAGAGCCAGGUGGAGCAGUGCUGGGUGUGGCCCAAACACCCCUACACCUCUUCCCCCAAAACAGAACACCUCCGGUGACUUCUAGUGACCAAGACUGGAUCUGAACUCUUCACUCUGACUUGACUCUGUCCCUCCAAACGCCUGUCCUCUUGGCUCACUGUAACGCCGGCUGCGAGGCCUUUGUCCGCUGCAUCCGCUGUCCGGGGCUUCCCCUUCCAGGGCCUUUGUGUUGGUGUGUCUCAGCGGAAACCCCUUUAGGACUUUGUGUCAUGGAUCUAGCUCCCCCCCCCCCCCCCCCGAACCUGAGCCCAAACGUCCCUGUUAAGCCCAAUUAUUACCAAUCAUGUAAUAGUUUCUUCCAGAAGUGAUCACCACCUGAAAUUAUUUAUUUAUUGUCUGUCUCCCCAUGAAAAUGUAUGUAAACUUAGAUUUUGUAUCCAUGUCGACCUUGUGUGUUUUGUAUAUUGAACAUCCUGGCAAGUAGUUAAGUGCUCAAUAAAUGUAUGUCGAAUAAUGAGUGUUGAAGAAAUGAAUGAAAUAUUUGGUAGGGGAAAUACCGCUGUGUCAGGGGCAGGUGAAGAGA